UGACACGGGAGCAACACAGUGCGCAUGCGCGUCAGUGCUGUUGGGCCUGCUUGCCUUCCUUCCGCUCAGCUUCUCGGCCGGCACCUCACGCAGCGGCUGUAAUGGCGGCCGGGCCCGGCGUUGAGGCGAAGGCGCUGCUGUUCCUGGCUUGCCUCGCCGUCUCCGGCUGCUGGGCUUCGGAGGCGACCGGCGGAGGCAGCGGGGAACCUCCCGUCGCCGGCGAGCGGUUCAAGAUCGAGGGCCGGGCGGUGGUGCCCGGGGUGAAGCCCCAGGACUGGGUGGCGGGGGCCCGGGUGCUCGUGGACGGUGAGGAGCACGUCGGCUUCCUCAAGACAGAUGGAAGCUUUGUGGUUCAUGAUAUUCCUUCUGGGUCUUAUGUGGUUGAGGUUAUAUCGCCAGCAUAUAAAUUUGAACCAGUACGAGUGGAUAUCACUUCAAAAGGGAAAAUGAGAGCAAGAUUUGUAAAUUACAUCAAAACAUCAGAAGUAGUCAAACUGCCAUAUCCUCUUCAAAUGAAAUCAUCAGGACCACCUUCUUAUUUCAUAAAGAGAGAGUCUUGGGGAUGGACAGACUUCUUAAUGAACCCCAUGGUCAUGAUGAUGAUCCUUCCAUUAUUGAUCUUUGUACUGCUACCUAAAGUUGUCAAUACAAGUGAUCCUGAUAUGAGGCGGGAAAUGGAACAGUCGAUGAAUAUGUUAAACUCUAACCAUGAGCUGCCUGAUGUGUCAGAGUUCAUGACAAGACUUUUCUCUUCGAAAUCUUCUAGCAAGUCUAGUGGUGGUAGCAGUAAAGCAGGGAAAAGUGGUGCAGGAAAAAGGAGGUAGUUGUUUCUUCUCCUGGAACCACAAUUUGCACAGCUCUGUUACGUGGUAUCUGUACGUUCUGUGGAAGAACAAAAAGCCACUACUGUAACCUUAAUCCAGUAUGAAAUUGGAUAUGAUACAACUGUUGUGUGUGGUGUAGCUUUUUAACCUAUUUAAAUCUUGUUCUUUAAACACAUGCAUGAAGGGACAUUGCUUCAGUUCUGUAUCUCUGUAAGGUCAAAACAAAUGAAGAGCUAACUCCUUUGUAGAGAAUGACAUUAAAAAAAUUAAAUUAUGUGCAAUAUAUUGAUGAUUCUUUUUAAAAAUCACUGUAAAGUAUUUGAUUUUAAAAAUAGAAAAUGAUCUUUAAUAACUAUGUAUUGUUCUUUACUUGCAUAGACUAUAUUUUCACGAAUUUUCUUAAUAUACAUCACUUAGGAUUGCUUAUAGAAUUUGUUAGCAAGAUCUUUGGUUUUAUUACAAUAAUAGGAUAGGAUUUGCAUUUCUGCAUAUGUUUAAGCUGUCAGCUUGUUCAUUCUAGUUCUUAAAUUCCCAUGGCAUCUUAUUUGGAAUAGUGAGGAUUUCUUUUUUACUACUGGAGAAAGCCAUAUCUCAGUGAACCCCUCUAUUUCUGUAUAGACUUACUUCUGGAUUCCUUCAAACUGUAAAAUCUCUUGGCUGCCCUCUAGCAUAAGUCUUUCAACAAAAGCUUUGUAAAUAAAACUCUAUUAUUCCUUA